AUGGUCAGGCCGGUACAGCUGCUUUUCUUGUCUGGCUGGUUCAUUAGUAAAUCUUCUAAUGUCAUUACAAGGGUUUGGAAUAGUCUAUUGAUAAGCCAGUACAGCAGCUUUUCUUGUUCAGCCACCACUAACCUAAUGUGGGCAAAGAAUACUGCCAUGAAACCAAUCCCAGAUGAAUAUGAGACAUUCUAUAGAAUUAACACAUGUGGUCCUAGUGUCAUUAGUUUAGCACAACUCGGCGCCGAGGUAGUACCAAGUUGCGGCGCCGCAGGUGCACCAAGUUGCGGCGCCGCAGGUGCACCAAGUCUCGGCGCCGAGCGAUGUUUCUCGGCGCUUAACGAGACGGUGCGGCGCCGAGGCUUGGUGCACCUGCGGCGCCGCAACUUGGUGCACCCCCGGCGCCGGGACUUUGUGGAAUCUCGGCGAUUGUGCAAAAUACUCGGACUUGCCUUUGAAGCAAUUCCAGCCUGGAAAACCUGGAUCUGGUCUGUUUCCAGGCUAGAAAAGCUCAUUUAUGGUGCUUUUGAAGCAUGGGCAUGGUUUGUUAUGACUGUCCGGCCCAUGUGUAGUGUAUAUGACCUCCGGCCGGUGCCGGCCGGUGGGUUUGCAACCUCCGGACACAUUUCUCCGGCCGGCGUCGGGUUUCCGUUGACAACGGGGAAUAUGCAGCCCGGGUGUACCGUUAGGAACGUAAAACUGCUCACUCCUGGACAGGAGAAGGCUUUUGUUGAUUGGAUCAAACAUCUCAGCGAAAUUGGACACCCUCUCAGUAAACGCACAAUCGCCAAAAAGGUCCAGCGGCUCAGGCCACAGUGUGGCCUUCGGCCGCGUGGUGACUCGGACUCGUUCAUAAUGCCACCCGUGGCGAUACCUAGAGAACAGCCCCGCUCUACUAGUAAUCUGCCGCCGCACGACUUGGCGAUAAGACAUGAUUUUAUCGUCACGACCUCAUUUUUGUACCGCGUCCGCAUGUUCGCAGGUAAACAGCCGGUAAACCUCGCUCCGGCACCACUGGCACUGCAGUUGCAGUACUGUUCCAGCGCGUCUUCAGCCACGUCGUUGCUCCCUCUCGGUAUCCGUCCCAUCCCACCAGACAGGGCGUGUAAAAUCGUACAAGAUACUCUCGAACCUCAGCAAUCUACUGGUGCAAAAUCCGAGUGCUUCCAAAUCCAAAAGGUGAAAAAGUUGCAUUACUGGUACCGUGAUACCACGAAUCCGCCAGCGGCUUUGCAUGUGGUCAUCGGUAUCGCAUACUACUCUCAACGACCACCCGACCACCGGCCCGCCAUGCCUUAA